UAAGAAAAACAAGAGAGAACACCUGGAAAUUAUCUUAUGAGUGUUAGUUUAUCGCUGAGACUGAGAGUGAGACUUAACUUAGCUGUGCAGGGACUGAGGAGACGCGAGAGGAUCGGACUCCGGAGACGGGAGUUCCCCGGCAUACAUGCACGGCCGUGCGCCGUGGAGCUGGUUGGCGAAGCAGCAGGCACAGCCAGGGCUGCACUUCAUUUUUGAUGAGGGAAUUUUAUAUAUAUAAGGAAGAGAUAUCAAGUCAAUGAUGGCCAAUACUGAAGGAAUUAGGCAUCGGAAACCAGAGUUGAUUGAGGAUGAUGGACAAAAUGAGCCUCCCAAGCAGAGGAAAAGGAAGUUGAAGAAGCAAGGAAUGAUGACAAGAUGCUGUAACUUAUUUUCUGGAGUAUUUAAGAUCACCUUUGUGAUAGUGCUUGCAUUGACUAUACUCAUCACACUCAAAUCAUCCCCUGCAGAACCUGAGGCAUUUGAGUUACCACCUCCUCGGCCAUGGACUGGAGCAUUGGCACCCAACAACAAACUCCAGAAAGCUCAGAAACUACUAGAAGGAAAAAUUAUUGGACCUGAAUCAUUGGCCUAUAAUAAAGGUCGAAUUUACACAGGUACCUAUGAUGGUAAAGUGGUAGAGAUUAAGAAUGAUAAAGACAUCAAAGUUAUUGCACAGCUUGGCACUCCUCCUUGUGGCACCAGAGAAGACGAGAUGAAAUGUGGUCGUCCAUUGGGGAUCAAGUUUAUAGGUGAUAAGCUCUACAUGAUCGAUGCUUACUAUGGGCUCUUUGAAAUUGAUCAUAAAGGAAAUUCCCUUCCUGUUGAAUUGGUUUCAACUCAGAGAAGUUACAAAGGACAUCGGAUGAAGUUUGCAAACGAUUUUGUAAAGCUGGAUAAUGGAGAUUUCCUCUUCACUGAUUCUAGCUAUCGCAAGUAUCGUAAGGACUAUGGGAUACUUGCAUUGGAAAGUAAAGGUUGUGGUAGGCUGCUAUGGUUCAAUCCGGUGAAUCGUAUGAGUGACCUAUCACUGGAUGAAUUACACUUCCCUAAUGGACUCCAACUAUCACCCAAGGAAGACUUUCUCCUCAUUGCAGAAACAUCAAGAUACAGAAUAUUAAAAUAUCACUUGACUGGACCUAUGACAGGAUCAACAGAAGUCUUCAUUGAUAAUCUUCCAGGAAUGCCUGAUAAUAUCAGACCUAGUCGUAAUGGAGGCUACUGGGUGGGUUUCGCAUUUGCUAGCAGCAGAAGAGGGCUUCUAACGGCGGACCUUCUUGCCCCAUAUCCUUGGAUUAGGCGUCUUAUAGCAAAAGUCAUUGAUCCUACUCAAAUAGUUAAUCUGAUGCCGCAGUAUGGUCUGAUCAUAGAACUAAACCAGGAAGGUGAGAUCGUCCAGAGUCUUCAUGAUCCUACAGGAAAGAUAGUACCUUCAGUCAGUGAGGUUCUUGAUACAGGAAAAGCUCUCUAUCUGGGUUCCUACCAUGCACCUUACCUGCUUAAGUUAGAUAUGUAAUGGUGUAUUGUAUCGCUUAAACACUUCAUGAUUAUGAAGUACAAUAUAGGCAUAUCUUUUUGAUUUAAAAUGUACUUUUUUAUGUCUUUCCCCAGUCAGGAUUCCAUUUCCAGAAGUGUUAUCAGUCAUAACCACGUGAUAACUAUUUUGUUUUAUUUUUAGUGCAAUCCCUGGCAUUUAUAAUUUUUAUUUGAAUUUCUAAGAAUAGAUGAUAGAAUUGAUAAAAUCUCAGGUUGAUAAGCCUAAGGCUUCAUGUGCAUCCACUUUUAUUAAUAAUGUACUGAUAGAAAGAUUAUGUUUUUGAUUAGUAGACCCUAAAUGGGAUCAGUACUAUUAAAACACAUUGGAUGAUUGUUGUAUUUUCAUUGUUACGUGUUAGUCAAAAAAUGAGAUGGGAGCCUUCUAAAGGCUCUGUUUUUAUUUUUGUGUCAACCCAUUUCUUGUGAUUGAUCUGAAAUGAAUUGCAGUUCUAACAUUGUAUUUUAGAAAAUAUGGAAUUAUGAGUGUAUAUGUGUUGUGAAGUAUGGAUUGCUUUGCUUAAACAAAACAAUCUUGAAGAAACACAUAUGUAAUGUUGAUUGUGGGAAUGUAUUUUUGUGUAGAAAAUGACUUAAUGUAGUAAUGAGCUAUGUCUCAUGUGUUUAGUUUGUAUUAACAAGUUGGUGAGUUUCCAACAUCACAAUUCACCAAUGUUUUCUUGACUUCAAGAGUAGCAUGUGCAUUUAAUAGAUUUCAAUUAGUGUACAUGCACAACAUGAUCUAUCAUUACAAUGACAAGUGAAUCCUGCAAAUUGCUUGAAGGAAUACAAGGACAUUUUAUGGAAACCUCAGUGUGUUUAACUUACACGUAUUGUUAAAAAUAGUGAAGUGUUUCUAUUUAAGAGAAAGAAAGAAACGAUUCCAUGUAUGUGUGCUUUAUGUUGUUUAUGAAAUGCAACAGGGGAAACUUGUACACUGAUGUAUAUCCAAGAAUAUUAGUCUUAAGUUACCUUUUCAAACUUAAAUCUGUGCAAGAAAAAAAAACACUUGUUGUUCUUUAUGUACAUUUAAGGCUUGUCUAGACAGGACAUAGCAGAGCUUAAAAACAUUGCUCAAGAACAUUUUGUGUUUGAAGUCGACGAGAUGUCAGUUAUAAAAUACAAUUUUGCAGAGGCAAGAGACAGCUCUAGUUUUGCAAAAUAACAAUAGAGUCACCAGUAUGAUCAGAUUUUCAGAUUAAGUUGGUGCAAAAUGUACACCUAGACUUGACUGGAUAAAUACAUUUAUGAUAUCUAUCAAUAUGAUUUCACAUCUA